AUGGUGGAUUGCUGUGUAUGGACCUGCCCACAGUCAAUAUCUAUCUCUCCAUCAUAUGUUGACCGUAGCAAAACUGCCAGAGACAUUCUCAACAGAGGAUUUGGCUUUGGGUUGGUAAAGCUGGAUGUGAAAACAAAGUCACGCAGUGAUGUGGAACUGUCAACAACUAGUUUAUCUAAUACAGACACUGGGGAAGUUACUGAGACCUUGGAGACCAAAUACAAAUGGUGCUUGUGUGAGUAUGGUCUGACUUUCACAGAAAAAUGGAACAUCGAUAACACUGUAGGGACAGAGACUACAGUUGAAGACCAGACUUGUCAAUGUUUGAGACUAACGUUUGAUAUGACCUUUGUACCUAACACAUGUGCAAACCCUGGCUGUGAUGUUAACUUUCAUUUUGUUGGACCUACAACCCACGGCUCAGCUGUCUUUGUAGAGAGCCAGCAUGUUGAGUACUAGGUGAACUUGGACAGUGCUAAGUCAACGCUGACAAGGACAAAUAACUUUGCAGUAGGCUACAGGACUGGGGACUUCCAGUUACACAUCAACAUCACCCAUGUCUUUGGGACUGAAUUUUUGACUAAUCCUUCUCCUGUUCAAAUGUCUUUAACAAUAGGUUCACCAACAGAAGGCAGCUACAAAGGCAACUGUACAUGUUUUAUGGGCUCUCAGACACUGAGAUCAAAGUCCUCCUAG